AUGGUCGGCAUCACUUCCAACAAAGGAAGACUUCGCCGAAGGCUUAGGAGAGCUUUGUUUUGGCAGACCAGGCAGCGUUCGGUUCUUCUGAUCGGUCUGACUGUGAGCGGCUUGGGUCUCGCACAAGUCUGCAUAUCGCGAAGCAGGCUUGCUGGUCGUUUUGCCACUGGAGACCACAUCGGCAUUACAUCGUCAAAAUCGUUACUUCGAAAAACUUGUCCAACGUACGGGUGCGCCUUGUAUCCGCUGGAAAUCGACGAUGCCGCGAUAGUAGCCGCCCUCCAAACCGAGAAAAAUGACCCCCAGAGUCCCCGAGGAGAAUCCACUCUACCGCCGUUGGCAUCGCACGAUUUUGCCAUGGUCACCCGGCAGAGCAAAACCCAUGCGUACAACCAAGAUCGCGCCUUUUUCUUCCGCAACUUUACGACGAAUCAAUCGCCCCCAGGCUUGCCGACCUUUCUUAUCGGACUCUUGGAUGGACACGGCACCGAAGGCCAUCGGGUGGCUGCUUACGCUACCAUGGCCAUUCCGGCACGUCUGGCCGAAAAGCUGAAUGCGAGACCCUGCUGCCAGUCUGAACAAUGGAUUCGGUCACAAUUGGUCGACGCUUUCGUGGAGAUCGACCACGAAGCCCCACCCAAUGCUCUGCGCGGCGGCUGUACGGCCAGCAUCUCGCUGCGCAUCGGUCACAAACUUUUUGUCGCCAACACCGGAGACAGCCAAAUAUUGGUGAUGCACCGUCUCAACGAAGAGGAUGUAAAUAUUGCAUACCGAACUAGGAAAGAUAAAGCAUACUUGCCGGAAGAGAAAUCCCGUAUUGAAGGCAUGGGAGGCCAAAUUCACAUUCCUCCUGCAUUUCCCGAAGGAUCACGGGUUAUUGUGCGAUCUGUGUCGGUACAUCCACCCGAAACGAUUGGAUUAGCCAUGAGCCGGAGUAUUGGAGACUGGGAAUGGGGAUCGGUCGGGGUCAUUCCGGAUCCAAUCGUGGACGUUGUGGACCUCACUGCGUUGGCUGGAUCCGCCUUUGUGGUAGCGGCCAGCGACGGAUUGUGGGAUUUGCGCAAACCUGAAUUUUACGCCAAACUUUUGAGUCGCGCGAUGUUUGACGACGACGGCGCGGUGUUUCCCAGUCGACCCUUGUCAGCAUUGGUCGAAGCAAUUUACAAGGCGGCUCCAGAAGCAGCGAAGUGGUAUCGCGACGACAUGACGGCAGUGGUCGUGCGCAUCUAG